GAAAAGAAAGAAAAAUCAAAUAAGAAGAAAGGAAAGCGCUCUCUCUCUCUGUCUUUCAAUCUCAAGCUUUUCAUUUCCAAAAAUUGAGCGUCUUUGUUGACUCCUCAUUUCCAAAAAAAAAAAUCCGCGUGUUCUUUAAUUUGUCAAUUUUUUAGUAGAAAAUUUGCCCCCCCCCUCUAUAUAUUUGUAAAUAGUGUAGCUCAAGAAUUCUUCUCUUCAAACAGUUUCUUUUGAUUCUUUGUUUUUUUUUCCUUCUAUUUCUGUUUGUGUAUACAUAUGGUGGUAUAAAUAUACGGGUAGAAAUUUCGUUGGAUUCCUCAAUUGGGUCUCCUUUUAACAAAUUCAUUGGCUUUCAAUUGUAGGGGGGGGGGGAAAAGGGGUGGGAGUUUAGGGGUAAAUCAAAAUUAAUUUUAUCGUUGGAGAAAUUGUGAGAAAAAAUUGUUGUUUCUUUGAAGGAAAAUUCUGGGUUUUUGACAUAAAAUCAAAAUAUAAAAACCAUUUCUUUUUGGGAUUAAUCUUUGGGGUUGUUCGUAAGCCAUGGCGGUUUCAACAAUAGCUCUUUACGCUAGUCCACCGAGGAGCACACCGAGCACCGUCUGUUCCACGCCUCACCAGAUUAGCAUGAAUUCUCACGCUUCUUACGAUCUCGAUUUGAAUUCGAGAUCUUCAUCAACUUCCUCGACAACGGCUUCCGCUUCUUCCCAGAGACCUAUUGUCGGUGGCCUGUCAUGCCUCUUCUCCUCGCCUACGAUAAAAUCGAGCUUCUCUAGCGGUGGGGGAGAGGAUUUAGGGUCCCAUAGGGGAGACGAUUUGAAGGAACUAAGCAGUUCAUUUUGUUACUCAUCGAGUAAAUUCGGUGGGUCUUCUUUGAAAGCCAACCAGAGCCCAGUAUCGGUGUUUCAAGGCCCUGUUUCGUGUAGUAGCAGCAGCCCUCCUAUGAGAAUUCUUCGCGAAAAAGGUGGGGAUGGGAACUUUCAGGGCUCGUUUCGUGUUGGGACAAAUCGAUUGUUCAAUGGAUUCAUUAGGGGUGCAUUGGGAUCUUGUGUUCAUUAUGAUUCCCCGAGUUCUGAGGUGCAAACUGGUAGUUGUGUUGAUGAAUUACCCUUCACUAUGGAGGAUAAUUUCAUGGAGGAAGUGGAUUCAGAUCCAUAUGCUAAGGAAUUGCUUUUACGUGCUCAAAUGAGGCACAAAAUAUUUUCUGAAGAUAUUGUAGUCAAAGCAUUUUAUGAAGCCGAGAAGGCCCAUAGAGGACAGAUGCGUGCGAGCGGUGAUCCUUAUUUGCAGCAUUGUGUAGAAACAGCAGUGUUGUUGGCAUCCAUUGGUGCUAACUCCACGGUGGUUGCAGCAGGGCUUUUACAUGACACCCUUGACGAUGCAUUCUUGAGCUAUGACUAUAUCUUUAGGACAUUCGGUGCCGGGGUUGCUGAUCUAGUUGAAGGGGUCUCUAAACUUAGCCAUCUGAGUAAGCUAGCACGAGAAAAUAAUACGGCGAGCAAAACUGUUGAAGCAGAUCGCCUUCACACCAUGUUCCUUGCCAUGGCAGAUGCACGGGCUGUUCUUAUUAAAUUGGCAGAUCGGUUGCAUAACAUGUUAACACUAGAUGCUUUGCCUCUGCCCAAGCAACAGAGGUUUGCUAAGGAGACUUUGGAAAUAUUUACACCUUUGGCCAAUCGGCUAGGAAUCUCUAGCUGGAAGGAGCAAUUGGAGAAUCUAUGUUUCAAGCAUCUCAAUCCUGAGCAGCACAGUGAACUCUCAUCUAGGCUUGUGGACUCCUUUGAUGAGGCAAUGAUCACUUCUGCUAUAGAGAAACUCGAGAGAGCUCUCAAGGAUAAAAAUAUUUCUUAUCAUGUUCUCUCUGGACGACAUAAAAGCUUAUAUAGCAUCUAUUCAAAGAUGUUGAAGAAAAAGUUGGCAAUGGAUGAAAUCCAUGAUAUUCAUGGACUACGAGUCAUUGUUGAAAAUGAGGAAGACUGUUAUGAGGCUUUGAGAGUAGUUCACCAGUUAUGGUCUGAAGUGCCCGGAAAGCUGAAGGACUAUAUAAGUCGCCCUAAAUUUAAUGGGUAUCAGUCCUUGCACACGGUGGUGAUGAGUGAAGGUACAGUUCCACUUGAAGUUCAAAUUCGAACAAAGGAGAUGCAUCUGCAAGCUGAGUUUGGCUUUGCAGCUCACUGGAGAUACAAGGAGGGUGACUGUAAGUACUCUUCAUUUGUACUUCAGAUGGUUGAGUGGGCUCGAUGGGUUGUGACUUGGCAUUGUGAAACAAUGAGCAAGGACCAAUCAUCAAUAUGCUACACUGAUUCUGUCAAGCCACCCUGCACCUUCCCUACUCAUUCCGAUGAUUGCCCGUUCUCUUAUAAGCCUCACUGCAGCCAGGAUGGACCUGUCUAUGUUAUCAUGAUCGAAAAUGAUAAGAUGUCGGUGCAAGAGUUUCCGGCAAACUCAACAAUGAUGGAUUUGCUGGAAAGAGCUGGGCGGGGUAACUCGAGAUGGUCUCCAUAUGGUUUUCCAGUGAAGGAAGAAUUGAGGCCAAGGCUGAACCAUGAGCCGGUAAGCGAUGCUACAUGCAGGCUGAAGAUGGGUGAUGUGGUGGAGCUAACACCAGCCAUUCCAGACAAGUCUUUGACAGAGUACAGGGAAGAGAUACAGCGCAUGUAUAACCGAGGUCUCUCUGUAUCCAGUACUGGGCCUCCUGCUAGUAACAUGGUUGCUUCACGACGUUGACGCCUCUUCGUUUCUUGACGCCUCUUCGUUUCUAUCUUUUAUGCUAAACCCAAAAAGGGGGCAAAAAAGAAGCAACAGUUUCUCCUUGUAUAUAAAUGAAAAAUAUUUGUACAGGACAAAGCUAUAUGGUUCUGUUACUAAGAAACAUUGCUAACUGGAUUCAACAAUGAAUUAAACUAUUUGAUUUCGUAGUA